AUCAUUGUUAAUCAGUGUGAUGGGUGGGAGUGAGUAGUACGUGCUGAUACACUUCUUCCGCGCAUUUCCUAUAUCUCAUCUCUACCUUUUCAUUCACCCCGUUGUCUGCUUCUACUCUCUUUAUAUUCUUUAUUCAAUUUACUCUUGAAUGGCAUCGUUGAAAUUAUGAUGAUCGCAGCUCCGACAUCAUUGUCCAAGAACGUCGAAGACGGUGGCAACUUCUCAGCAGAUUCACCGCCAUCACUCAAUUCUGAUGACGAGCAACUCGACGACGCUCCGUUUUUGAGUCAUCAGUUGUCCGACGAUCACGAGUCAUUUUCUGAGAAGUUUCUACGCAACAUUCUGACACACGAUUAUCAGAAUCUGAUGCCACGUCGAAGAGAAAAAUUUGUUGAAAUCACGAAAACUGUCACUGUCACUGAGAUAGUCAACGGAGCACCAGACAAGCAUCCGUCUUCGUGUGAAGUUAAAGUGACAAACGUUUCGCCGGCUGGACCUCAUCCGGUUAACGUUUCCAUAAAACAUUUACACGAGAAAUGGCAUUCUUGUGAAGAGUUGGACAGAUCAGACAACGGAGAAGACUUGGGAAAAGGGACCGUAAUUCGUAUUCAAGAAACACAUAAACCAUUCAAUUGCACUCAAAAGAAACACCAAACAAAUAAAUUUGUAUAUGAAGACGUGAUUAACACAAAAAUGGAGAGCUCAACAAAAUCUCGUCAACCUCCAUCAGCCAAUAGUACACUUUUCAACCGGUCUAGUGAUAAUAUCAUAGAUUUAGAGUUUAGACAUCCAAUUCUUAGAGAGACAUCUGAAAAGAAAUCAGAAAGAACAGAACAGAAAGCAAAUGGAAAUAAUGGUACAAGGCGUCGCUUUGCGGAUUUAAGGAAAAGAGUGUCGACUACUACAAAGACUUCUGUAACUGAAACAGAGAAUGUGACAACUACAAGAAGAAGUAGCAGUGCUCAUAGUACUCAUUCAAAGAGAAGCUCCGCAAAACCAGAAGUUCAUACACUGUAUUACCGGAAAUUUGUGGACGAAGAAACAAAAGGAGCAGAUGAUGAUUCAAGUGAUUCUGGAAGUGUUAUAAUUUAUAGAGAUGCUGUCACACGACGUUCUCGCUCAGCUGAUCCUCUUCAGAAUUCAUCUCCAACAAUGUCACCGAUUGCUCCACCAAGAAAACGAUUAGGAAGAGAAGAAUCAUUGCAUUAUUAUCGAGAUGAUGACGAAGUUAUUCAAGAGCAAUCAAGUACUGAGAAGAGUCGAAGAGUUACUGUAAAAUCUCCUGAACCAGGAAAUACAUCAGUUUCUAUGAAUGAUAAUGUUGAAGGUCGAAAUUUAACUGCAGGAAUUACAUCUAUAUCUAUGAAUGAUUCGUGUACAGAUACUUCAUACGAGUCAAGAUUUUCUACAAUUCCACGGGCAAGGAGUUCACCUCCAGGAAAUCAUCGGGUCAAUCAUAUUCAGGUCAACGUAAUCGGUCCGAUAAGAGUUUCAGAACCGGAAAGUAGGCAUCCAGUCGUUGGAAGUGUAGGCGAAGAUGUAACAAUGGAUAUUUAUAUUGAGAGAAGAAGAUCUGGAUCAAAUCCAAGAAGAGAUUCACAUGUUUCUUUUGAAACAUUAGAAGCUCCGCCUAAACCACCAAGAAGAUCAAAAUAUGAUGAACAUAUUCGAAUUGGAGAUCCAAUUGCCACAUCUACUCCAAUGACAACAAUCGAAAGAAAACAGACAAGAGAAGAAAGAGUUUCAACUGAAAGUGGUCAAUCUAGUAGGAAAAGUACAAGAAGUUCUCGUCCUCCAGAUAUAAAUAUCAUUGAGUGUGAAACCUUCCUCAAAGAAACACGUUCUCCGGCAAGAACUCCAGCUACUCCAAUUGUAGUUAUCAAUCAGACUCCAUCUUCACGAAGAAGUUCACAAGAUUUGCUCGGCGAGCCAGGGCAAAGACGCCGAAAGAGCACAGUAACAGAUAUUGAUUGGUAUGCUGCAUUUAAUAUGAAGGAUCCAUCUUCACCAACUAAAAUUGCUCGUCCUUCAUUUGCUUCUCAUAAUGAAGAGAGAAAAGCUUCGAGAGAUCUCAGAAGACGUGCUUCAGAUUCUUCCAUGAUUGGAAUUCCACCAGCAGAUAUCGAUUUAAAUCAGAUUUUUCUGUGUACAGUCCCACCGGAAAUCAAGAAAGAUGAAAAGUGUCAAUGCAAUGCUUGUCGAUUAAUUCGAAUGUCUGAAGCUGAGAGAGCAGUUCGAAUUGAGAGAUCGGGUCGGUCAAGGCAGAGUAGAUCAUUUACCAGAACCACUGAAUUUGAAACUCGUUCCAGUACACUUCCAUCAAGACACCGAACUGCUCCAGUUGACAUUGAACUUGAAGAUAUUUUCAAUCCAAAGCCAUUCUCCCAUCCAUCUGCCAAUUCGAAGCCUCCGACACCUCCAAAUCGUCGUCGUCAUCCUCCAUCUGCUUCAGUUGCACAUUCACAAUCAUCCUUCGUUGAUGAGUCACCGUCGCAACAUUUUGUCACAACUACUAUCGAUCGUAACCAGGUGACACCGGUGACUACUACCACAACUAACAUGAGGGAAUCAGGUCCUCUGUUGCAUGAAAAUUCUCACAAUCAGUUGCUUUCAUCUUCUGAUAACUGGGUUGCACAGAUGAUGAACGAUGCUAGUGAAUGGGAAAAUAAUGUUUCUAGUCGAAAAUCUUCAAUAUUAUCAACUUCUUCAACAUCAGCUAGAAAGGCUUCAGUUGCCAGGAGAAUUAGUGUAGAUGAAUUGACAAAACCCGAGAAAAGAAAGUCUCGUCAAGCUGUUCCUCUUCCACCAUCUGAUGUUAGUAUUGAUGAUAUUUUCACUGCAUUGACACCAAGAAAAGAAGAAGUUCAAUCAGAAAGAAAAACAUUCAUAGUGACACGAAAACAGAGAGCACAGGACGUUGAUGCUAUCGAUUUUGAAAAAGAUCGUGAAACACCAAUAGCUCCCCCAAGAAGUGGAAAACGAAAAAGUGAUGCAACUGAAAAUCAGCCAGAAAUUACUUUGGAACUGGAUGUUGAAAAACACGAGAUUGAUUCUUCAAAAGUUUCCACUUCUACUAUUAAUUUGAAUGACGAAAGUAUGGAAACACGGAACACGAAUGAUUCAAAAGACUCAUUCGAUGAUGAAGUCAACCCAAGAAAUCAACGUUUAGUCGUUGAGAUACCAUUUUCUGAACCAAGAGUCACAUCAACUGCUACAAUUCAACUAGAAUCUUCGGAUGUCGCUGGAGAAAACUCUGAAAACAAGAGACCUGUCAUUUCAAUGAGAUCCAAAUCAGAAAUUGCCAAGAAGGAGAAAGAUGCUCAACGAUCUGGUUUUGUUAUUAUCCCUCACUCUAAAGAACAUAUUCUUGAUGAAUCCAAUAUUUCGAUGGACGAUGUGUUCAACACAACUCCGCAUGAUCAAUGUCGAGUCCCGGAUAUUGAUGCAGAUUCAUCUAAGCACACAUCUUCUGAUUCGAGAGAAGUUUCAACUGUCACUAUCAAUUUGGACAAUGUUUUCCCUACGGAAGAGCCAAAGCUUGUAGCGAAAGAUAACUGUGAAAUAGAAGCGGAGGAAGAACGGAUAGGAAAGCGAAUUAAGCAAUUUGAACGCACAACUGGUGAACAAGAAAUUUCGAAAAAUUCUGAGCCAACUGAAGAUGAGAUGCCUGAUGAGAAAGACCACAGAACAUCAGCAGUCAGUAUUGAUUUGGAUAAAGUGUUUGUUCAAGGAACUGCUAAAAAGCCUGAAAAUGAUGAAUUCGACGAAAAGAUAAAAAGAGGAAUUGCUGAGUUUGAACGGUCAAAGCAAGAGAAAGAAGUGCAAAGAUCUGGUGUAGCUGAAACUUCUCACUCUGGCAAGCACAUUUUUGAUGAAUCUAAUAUCUCAAUGGAUGAUGUGUUCAAUACAUCCCAGAAGUAUAAAUCAGAUGAGAAGUUAUCUACGCCAGAAAGGACAGUGGAGCCCGAGGUUUCGACGGCUACUAUGAAUUUAGAUAACAUCAUUUCUGCAUCGGGAAUUGCAACAAGGGAGGAAAACACCAACGUACUCGAAGAAGAGGAAAGAAUUCAGAAGCGAGUCGAAGAAUUCAAGAAAACUACAGAAAACCUGGAAAUCCAAAAAGAAGUUGUGUUAACCAAAGAAGAAGUUGACAAUUCUGAUGUGAAAGAACAUAGAACAUCUGCUGUCAACAUUGAUUUGGAAAAGGUUUUCAUUCACGGAUCGUCCAAAAAGCCUAAAAAUGACGAUGAGAAGAUAAGACGUGGAAUAGCUGAGUUUGAAAGAACAAAACAAGAGAAAGAAGCUCAACGAUCUACUGUAAUUGAGACCUCUCAAUCUAACAGUCGCAUUUUCGAAGAAUCGAGUAUUUCGAUGGACGAUGUAUUCAAUAACUCUUUGCACAAUGAAAGCCAAGUAUCUGAAAUUACAGAGGCUUCUGAUCCAUCUGACCUAGUUUUAACUUCUACUACUUUCCAUAACGUCAUUGAAGAAAAAAUCGAUGAUGAUGUAACAAAGACCGACAGUAAUGUCGAAGAGGAGAAGGAGCAAGUUCGGUUAAGAAUUGAUGAAUUCAAAAGACCAACAGAAGAGCAAAAUCUCCAAAAAGAAUUUGAAUUGACUAAAAAAGAAGAAGAAUAUUCUGUGAAGAUGGAAAACAGAACAUCCGCAGUCAGUAUCGAUUUGGACAAAGUUUUUGAUCAAAGCUCCAAAGAAACAACUGUAAGCAAUGAAACUGACGAAAAGAUAAAAAGAGGAAUUGCUGAGUUUGAACGGUCAAAGCAAGAGAAAGAAGUGCAAAGAUCUGGUGUAGCUGAAACUUCUCACUCUGGCAAGCACAUUUUUGAUGAAUCUAAUAUCUCAAUGGAUGAUGUGUUCAAUACAUCCCAGAAGUAUAAAUCAGAUGAGAAGUUAUCUUCGCCAGAAAGGACAGUGGAGCCCGAGGUUUCGACGGCUACUAUGAAUUUAGAUAACAUCAUUUUUGCAUCGGGAAUUGCAACAAGGGAGGAAAACACCGACGUACUCGAAGAAGAGGAAAGAAUUCAGAAGCGAGUCGAAGAAUUCAAGAAAACUACAGAAAACCUGGAAAUCCAAAAAGAAGUUGUGUUAACCAAAGAAGAAGUUGACAAUUCUGAUGUGAAAGAACAUAGAACAUCUGCUGUCAACAUUGAUCUGGACGAUGUCUUCAUUCAAAGAUCUUCUAAACAUCCUGAAAAUGACGAAGACGAUGAGAAGAUAAGACGCGGAAUAGCUGAGUUUGAAAGAACAAAACAAGAGAAAGAAGCUCAACGAUCUGCUGUAAUUGAGACCUCUCAAUCCAACAAGCACAUUUUUGACAAAUCAAACAUUUCGAUGGAUGAAGUAUUCAACGAAUCGCAAAAUGGCCAGAAAGAUUCGAGUAAUAUUGAUAUGAAGGAAACUGAUAUGCCAGAAAAAGAAAGAGAUGACCAGAGAUAUGUAGAUGUGCACAGGGACAAGAAACCUUUCGAAAAUGGAGAAUUUGAACCAACGUUUAACGGCUCUAAAAUAUCGAAUGAGCCGAAACAAAUUUCAAUCACAACUAUCAAUUUGGACAAUGUUUUUCCUACGGAAGAGCCAAAGCUUGUAGCGGAAGAUAACUGUGAAAUAGAAGCGGAGGAAGAACGGAUAAGAAAACGAAUUAAGCAAUUUGAACGCACAACUGGUGAACAAGAAAUUUUGAAAAAUUCUGAGCCAGCUGAAGAUGAAACGUCUGAUGAGAAAAAACACAGAACAGCAGCAGUCAGUAUUGAUUUGGAUAAAGUGUUUGUUCAAGGAACUGCUAAAAAGCCUGAAAAUGAUGAAUUCGACGAAAAGAUAAAAAGAGGAAUUGCUGAGUUUGAACGGUCAAAGCAAGAGAAAGAAGUGCAAAGAUCUGGUGUAGCUGAAACUUCUCACUCUAGCAAGCACAUUUUCGAUGAAUCUAAUAUCUCAAUGGAUGAUGUGUUCAAUACAUCCCAGAAGUAUAAAUCAGAUGAGAAGUUAUCUACGCCAGAAAGGACAGUGGAGCCCGAGGUUUCGACGGCUACUAUGAAUUUAGAUAACAUCAUUUUUGCAUCGGGAAUUGCAACAAGGGAGAAAAACACCGACGUACUCGAAGAAGAGGAAAGAAUUCAGAAGCGAGUCGAAGAAUUCAAGAAAACUACAGAAAACCUGGAAAUCCAAAAAGAAGUUGUGUUAACCAAAGAAGAAGGUGACAAUUCUGAUGUGAAAGAUCAUAAAGCAUCUGCUGUCAACAUUGAUUUGGACGAUGUUUUCAUUCAAAGAUCUUCUAAACAUCCUGAAAAUGACGAAGACGAUGAGAAGAUAAGACGCGGAAUAGCUGAGUUUGAAAGAACAAAACAAGAGAAAGAAGCUCAAAGAUCUACUGUAAUCGAAACUCAAUACUCUAGCAAGGACAUGUUUAAUGAAUCUGAUAUUUCACUGGAUGUUGUGUUCAAUACAUCCCAGAAGGAUAAAUCAGAUGAGAAGUUAUCUUCGCCAGAAAGGACAGUGGAACCCGAGGUUUCGACGGCUACUGUGAAUUUGGAUAACAUGGUUGCACUGUCUAAGGAAAGAAGGAAAGAAAACAACGAAACACAAGAAGAAGAGGAACAAAUCCAGAAGAGAGUUGAGGAAUUUAAAGAAAGUACGGAGGAGCAGAAAAUCCAGAAAUCUAUUGAGUUAACGAAAGAAGAAUGCACCUCUGAUGAGAAAGAACUCAAAACCUAUUCUGGAAGUAUUGAUUUGGAUAAGGUCUUCAUUCAAGGAUCUUCUAAAAAGCCUAGAAAUGAUGAAUCCGAUGAAAGGAUCAACAGAGGAAUUGCUGAGUUUGAAAGAACGAAGCAAGAGAAAGAAGCCCAACGAUCUGUUGUAGUUGAGACUUCUCCAUCCAACAAGCACAUUUCAGAUGAAUCGAGCAUUUCAAUGGAUGAAAUCUUCAGCAGGUCCCAAGACAACAAAAGUACUUCUAAUUUUGAAAAGUCAGGUUCAAUACCAAUUAUAGUCCUGCCUGGAGAAGAAAAAGAAGUAGCAUCUGCUAGUAUCAAUUUGAAUGGUGUAUUUUUGGAAGGAAAACAGAAGACAUCCACUGAUUACGGGAGAGAAAAGGUCAAUAAGGUUCAAGAGAAUAGCGGAUCUUAUUCUACUCGGCAUGCUAUGGAUGGUGCUAGCAUAUCUUUGGAUGAUAUUUUCAAUACUUCAUCAACUUCACAAAAGACUGAAACUGACAAAAUUGAUAACUCUCAAGAAUUUCCUCAACUUUCCAAACCAGUUCUCAAAUCUUCGAUUUCUCUGGAUGACUUAUUCAACAACACUUCAGGAAUUGAAAAGACUACAUCCGAGAAGACAACAACUACAACUACCACUAGAACUGAAACAACAACUGACACUUAUUCAAAGCGGUCAACAUCAACUCUUGUUGAUCGUUUUGGAUAUGAAACUGCCACACCUCCAGCCAUUUCAAUCGCAGCCAUAUCUUUUGAUCAACCAUCUUCUUCUUCGCCCCAAGCUUUUCCUCGUAGUAAACAUCAGAAUCUUUCUUCUCUAACAGUUCCAGGAAAAUGGAAUGAGUCAAUGAUGUCAAAUACAUCAACAAUAAGUCUAGAUGAUUCAUUCAAUAAUUCAUUUUCAAAAUCUAACACUUCACAAGUAUACGAACCAAGAAUGAGAAAACCAUUGACUCUUCCUGUUGAUAAUUGGAUUGAUAAUUUGGUAUCAGAAGCAACAAAUGAAGCCACCAAAGAAGCACCGAAAACUCCAAAAAGUGACACUCUCAACUAUUUCCGAUCACCAACAAGAAUAAGUCAAGAGAUUAAAUAUGAAUGGGUAGCUGAUAUGAUUGGAGAUAUUGAUAGAAAAAACAAAGGAGGACAUCAAUCAGAAGAGGAACAUCUCCAGAAACAUGAUAGCACAUGGGUAUCAAGUGUCGUGUAUCGACCAACAUUAGAAACAAGUGCAUAUACUUUACGAUCAAGUCAACUCAACACAGACUGCAAAAUGGAAAUUGAUUUAGAAAAUGUAUUUGAUGAAUGUUUAAUGGGAAAGAAAAAAGAUGAUGAACAUUGUGAAUGCUCAGCUUGUCGACUCACAGAACAAGAGUUGGAAGAGAUCAAAAAGAGAAAGAUCGAGCUUGAAAACAUGACAAGUGAGCAGAAAAUUAUUAUCUCCGAACCAUCAGAUAGAAGAAAAUCAGUAGACUUUUCGAACCCAUCGCAAAUUUCACUUAAUGAAGUUUUCAGCCCUGAAGUUCCUCUUCGUAUCGAAACCGAACACGCCCCAGCACCUUCUACGUCAUCACCUCCUCUUGAGUCAACUAGAAUUUAUUACCUUUCUCCAAAAGUAUCUGAGACGGUUACAACAACUCAUCAAUGGAAAGAUGCUGGUAUUCCAAUGGAUGAAAUCUUCAGUCCAGUAUCGUCUACCGCAGAUGGUAAUCGUAGAUUCUCAAACUUCUACGAAGACCGUAGUGGAUGGGAUACUAUUGGAAGUGAAGAUAGUGGAGUUAUGUCAGGUGGUGAUAGAGGAAGAAGAAGAUCAACAAGAAUUACGGAUCAAGUUAUCGAUGAAGCAUUCCAAGGAAUUUUCGAUUCACAACCAUCAACUUCUACAGCUCAUCCGAAGCCAGUGAGAACUGAAACUCAUUAUGACGAUUACUACAUUACUUCCCUUCAACAGGAAGAUCUAGAUGCAACUGAUUCUGAAGUUGAUGGAGAAAAUCUGGAUGUGAGCACAUUUGUGGAUGAUAUUUUAGGAAAGAGCAUGGAUGAGGCUGCAUUUUUGAGUAGUACUAAAUCACUCAGAGAGCACACAGAUACAUCAAUCGAUCGAAAAAAGUCAGGGGAAAAAGUUCAUUCAUACUACCGAAAUCGAACGGAUACAUCAAUAGACAAACGCUCAAAACCCGAAGUAAUCACUGAAGAUUUGGAGACGUCAGAACUACAAGAUGAAAUUAUGAAAUUAGUAUUCGUAGAGCCAUCAGUUUCUAAAUCUGAUUCAUCAGCUAACAUCAAAGCUUCUCAAAACAAAUCCACAACAAAACCAUGUGACGAAGAGUUGCUGGAAAUUGAAAUCAAGUCAGAAUACUUCCUUAUCAAAGGAUCCUACUCACUUCUUAUUCCAAAAUCAGACCCUCUUGGAAAAAUGUUACAAAAACUCCGCGAGCAGAACGAUUCAUUGGCAACUCUUGAUUUCUCACUUACAAGAAAGCUCAAAAAGUUAUUAGUCAAUUGUAUUCGGGAAAAAGCAGGCAGCUUGGAUAUGGUAUCUAUGUCUUCGCAGUAUGAAGGACUCUCGUCUCGCGGUCAGAGUUUAAUCGAGUCCAUCGAUCACGCUUCGGCUACAUUUUUGAAGAUGAACGUAGACAAAUACGAACCAACACGCAAUCCUAACGGAGUCGUUAACUUUUGCACUGCCGAGAAUAACAUUUGCACUCCGCUUUUAGAAGAUCGGUUCAAACAUCUUGAAUUGUUUUUCCCAAACAUCGAACAUCUAGUGAGAUAUCCACCAGCUGGGGGAUGGCCUGAAACUCGAAGAGUUCUUGUCAAAUAUUUCAAAGAGUUUAUGGGUGCUGGAGUGACAAUUGAUGAGCUUGUAUUGACAGCUUCAACGAGAACUGGUUAUGAUGUUACAAGCUAUUGCUUGUUUGAACAAGAUGACAUUUUGUUGACCAAUGGACCGAUUUACACUGGUACCAUUUCAAAUGUGCAGGAAAAAGCUCAAUGUCAAGUGGUGUGUGUAGAGACUGAUCUUUCCAACCCACGUCUUGAUGUUAAAAUGUAUGAAGCAGAGUUGAAUCGACAAAUCGCCCUUGAGAAUACAGUUUCUGGUGUAAUUAUUGUUAAUCCACACAAUCCUCUGGGUGUGACGUUCCCUCCUGAACAAGUCAUCAGUCUGUGUAAUUGGGCUUCCUCGAAAAACUUGAGAGUUGUGAUUGACGAAGUUUUUGCAAACAGUGUCUUCGAUAAAUUGAAUUCAAAGUUCCGACCAUUCCUGUCUUAUCGUCAUCGUCUACACCGUCCUGAUAGUGUCGCAUGGUUAUGGAGUGUUAGCAAGGAUUUUGGACUUCCAGGACUCAAGUUUGCAGUGAUACAUACAACGAAUGAAGGACUUUGUCAAGCGGCAACAAAACUGCAAAUGUACUAUCCGUGCUCCCCAUUCGUUCAAGAUUUUGCUGUGAACUUAUUGUCUGAUUCAGAAUGGCUACGAGAGUUCCAUCGUGAAGUGAACAAACGUAUUUCAAUCCACUAUCGCUACACUUCUGAUAAUUUGAAACGUUUGGAAAUCCCAUUUAUUCCAGCUCAAGCAGGAAUAUUUGUUUUUGCCGACUUCUCCAAGCAUCUUACUUCGUUGGAUUCUGUAGGAGAACUUGCAUUGUUUGAGCGUCUUGCUGAAGCAGGAGUAAUGCUGACUCCGGGUGUUCAUCAGAAAUGUCACGUGUUUGGAUGGUUCCGCAUUGUGUUUGCCUGCACGAAAGAAGAGCUUGAAGAAGGAUUCAGAAGACUUUACAUCCAUUUGGGAAGUCAACUACAACCCGUAGGAACUGUUGAAUAUUAAUAAUUAACUAGAUUGCUUUACGUUUUUUUUCAAAUUUUAAUUGUUCACACCUACUUAUUUUAUGUGAUGCGCCCCCCCCCCCCCCC